AUGGGUAACCCUCUGUCACCUGACUCUCUCCUCUCGCUGGGCGGGCCCCUCGGCCUAUUGGCUUAUGGAGAGGUGGGUCGUAAGCCCAUCACCUUCUACAUCCGAGACGCGCUGCGGUUGAUUGGCCAGGCGGUGACGUCGGCCAGUGAGGUGAGGCCAGACCUGGCUCUGAUCCAGAACCUGGUCAACUGUUACGACAAACCUAACAAAGAGGAAGUGCCCUCGUCUGGACAGUACCUGGCCAGCUCCAGGUUCCUCUCCAACACGUCGUUCCAGGGUUCUACGGGCGCGGUCCGUGUGGCACCUGCUCUCUCCCAGGUCCUCUCCUCCCAGCUGUACCACGUGUGGAGCCUGAAGAGAGGUCCUCUUGGCCAGCCGUCCUGGGUCACCGUGGCCCACUGGACCACCGGGCGCCUACAGCUGGACGAGCGGGUUCCUGGAGGGAGAUGGAGGCUGGGGCUACAGAUGGCGGGCCGGCGAUUAAGGUUCGUGACCCUGGUGGAGCAUCCCUUCGUGUUCACUAGAGAGGUGGAUGAGGAUGGGCUGUGUCCCGCUGGUCAGCUGUGUCUGGACCCGAGGACUAACCGCUCAGAUCUACUGGACUCACUGUUCAGUCACCUGCACCAGACCAAUACAACUACUACCACUACUGACCACAAGGACCUGCGGAAGUGUUGCUAUGGUUACGUUAUUGACCUGUUGGAGAAGCUGUCGGAGGACCUGAAGUUCACCUUUGACCUUUACAUCGUGGGAGAUGGGAAGUACGGAGCGAUGAGCAGCACUGGGAGGUGGACCGGUCUGGUGGGAGACCUGCUGAGUGGAACAGCAGACAUGGCUGUGACAUCAUUCUCCAUCAACUCAGCCAGGAGCAGAGUUAUAGACUUCACCUCUCCAUUCUACUCUACCUCUCUGGGGAUACUGGUGCGUAGCCAGGACACAUCAGCCCCUAUUGGAGCCUUCAUGUGGCCUCUCCAUUGGUCCAUGUGGGUGGGCAUCUUCGUCACUCUUCAUCUUACCGCACUUUUCCUCACCGUCUAUGAGUGGAACAGUCCCUUUGGUAUGACUCCUCAUGGGAGGAACAGACUCAGAGUGUUCUCCUACUCCUCAGCCCUCAACCUCUGCUACGCCAUCCUGUUUGGACGCACUGUUGCUACUAAGACUCCUAAGUGUUGGACCAGUAGGUUCCUGAUGAACCUGUGGGCUAUCUUCUGUCUGCUGGUGUUGUCCAGUUAUACAGCUAACCUGGCUGCUGUCAUGGUGGGGGAGAAAACCUUUGAACAGGUGUCUGGGAUUCAUGACGAGAAGCUGCACCACCCAUCCCGUGGGUUCAGGUUUGGGACAGUCAGAGAGAGCUCUGCAGAGGACUACAUGAGGAAGAGUUUCUCUGCCAUGCAUGACUACAUGAGACGUUACAACCAACCCACCACACCAGACGGAGUGGACAUGUUAAAGACAGAUCCUCCCCUACUAGAUGCCUUCAUCAUGGAUAAAGCUCUAUUGGACUACGAGGUCUCCAUCGAUGCUGAGUGUAAACUAGCGACUGUGGGCAAGCCUUUCGCUAUAGAGGGGUAUGGUAUAGGUGUUGCCCAAGGCUCUCCUCUCACUGCCAACGUGUCUGAAUUCAUCAGUCGCUACAAGUCAGAAGGGUACAUGGACAUAUUACAUGAGAAAUGGUACAAGGUGGUGCCAUGUGGGAAGCGAGUAUUCACUAACACUGAGAAUUUAUCGAUGGGGAUAGAUCAUUUCUCAGGCCUGUUUGUGAUGUUGUGUGUGGGGGUGGUUGGAGCCAUCUUUACCUUGGCAGCUGAACACACCUUCUAUCACCUAGCCCUGCCCCGGCUACGACGGUCACACACACUCACCUACUGGUUGCAUACCAGCCAGAAGAUCCAUCGAGCCCUGAACACCCCUUACGAGGACGUAGGGAAAGAGUUGAUUGGCCUGGACGACAACUGCAGCCUCCACAGACACCAGCAGCCUCGCCCUCCUCCUCCCCUGUCUUCCCCCCUGCCUGCCCCCCCUCCUCCUCAGCCCUCCUCUCCUGCCCGGGACAUCAAGGAGAACAAGAGGGUCCACUUUGAUCUGGAAAGUCUACACAGCUACCGUCUACACACACACACCGCCUCGUUCUGGGGACGUCCUGGCAUGGUGGGGCGACACGGCCUGGGAGGGUGUCUGGGUGGUUUAGCUCCUCCUCAGGUUAGCCUGCAUGCUAACGGUGGCCCAUCAUCGGCCCUGGCCUCCUCCGGUCUGGCCCUGCCUCCCGUGGGGAACCCAGGCAGCCAGGUCUUCCUGUGGGAGGGAGAGCUCCAGGAGGUCCAGGGGAGGAUCGAGACGUUCACAGCCCAGCUGAGAGACGCCGUGGCCAGGAGGGCUGAGAUACAGACCUGCCUGGAGAACCAUAAAAUGAACCAGAGCACAGCUACUGCUGUCAAACUGGAGAAAGACAAGGGUGGCCAGUCACAAAGCCUGGAGAGAGUGAGAACCAACGCAGAGAAAGAUAGAACCAAGGAAGAGAAAGAGGGGAUCAACCAGGAGAAAGGGAUGAGUGGCAGAUCAAACCUCUGUAGCAGCCUGGACAGAAACAGAGACAGGGACAGGACAAACAGGGACAGUUCCACUGUGAGACAAACAGCCAGACAGGACACAGACAGGGACAGACUGUUACACCAAUCAGAAACUGAGAAAGACAGAGACAACCAAUCAAAAAGCCUGGACGGAAAUGGGAGCAGCCAAUCACAUGCCUCCAACAUUCUGCAGACAGGGAGGAACAGCCAAUCAGAAGCUCUGAACAUCCUACAGAGGAGGAGAGAGAUGCAAUCAAAAACCUCUGCCAGCCUGGACAGAGGGACAACCAACCAAUCAGGUGCUGUCAAUACACUGCAGGGAGAAAGAACUGUCCAAUCACGUAACUCCACCAGUCUGGAGAGAGGAAGAGUCAGGCAAUCAUGUGCAGUGAAAGACCAGGAGAGGGGGAGAACUGUCCAAACACGGACAGGGGCUAGUCUGGACAGACAAAGAGCUAGCCAAUCCAGUGCCGGCACUGGGAAUCUGGUUAGAGAACGUCCCACCCCUGUGGACACCCAGAAGAGUUUGUGUUAG